CCGGUGGCCCCAUUUGUCCAUUGUUCAUGUUCGUCAUAUCCGGUAACCCAAACUGUACAUUGUUCAUAUUCAUCAUAUCCGGUGACCCAACUUGUCCAUUGUUCAUCAUAUCCGGUGAUCCAAACUGUCCAUUGUUCAUGUUCAUCAUGCCCUGUGGUCACAACUUGUACGUUAUUCAUGUUCAUCAUAUCCUGUGGCCCCAUUUGUCCAUUGUUCAUCAUAUCCGGUGACCCAAACUGUCCAUUGUUCAUGUUCAUCAUAUCCGGUGACACAACUUGUACAUUGUUCAUGUUCAUCAUAUCCGGUGGCCCCAUUUGUCCAUUGUUCAUCAUAUCCGCUGGCCCCAUUUGUCCAUUGUUCAUCAUAUCCGCUGGCCCCAUUUGUCCAUUGUUUAUCAUAUCCGCUGGCCCCAUCUGUCCGUUGUUCAUGUUCAUCAUAUCCGAUGGCACAACUUGUAUAUUGUUCAUGUUCAUCAUAUCCGUUGGCCCCAUUUGUCCAUUGUUUAUGUUCAUCAUAUCCGGUGGCCCAAACUGCCCAUUGUUCAUGUUCAUCAUAUCCGGUGGACCAAACUGCCCAUUGUUCAUCAUAUCCGGUGACACUUGUCCAUUGCUUAUGAUCAUCAUAUCUGGUGGUCCCAUUUGUCCAUUGUUCAUCAUAUCCGGUGACACAACUUGUACACUGUUCAUGUUCAUCAUAUCCGGUGGUCCCAUUUGUCCAUUGUUCAUCAUAUCCGGUGACACAACUUGUCCGGUGUUCACCAUAUAA